AUGGCACCACGUCGCAGAUCGCUGCACUUUGAAGCGCAUCAUGGCAGUCUAUGGCUCAAUGAGCAACCUUUUGUGAUCAAGGGAGCGAGCUACUUUGGCAUGGAAAGCGACAUUGGCGUUCCGCAUGGACUUUGGGGUGGUCCAAAGUCCACGACGCUCGCCGAUGUAGCCACUUUGCUCCGUUCGCACCAUUUCAACCUCAUUCGCGUCCCUUUUGCAGUCGCAGCCGUUGCCAAUAACAUUGAGAUUGAACGGUCCAAGAUAAGCAACGAAGUGGCGCUCUUAGAGGCUUUUCCAGGACACAAGACGCUGCGGUAUUUGGACGUGUUGGACCAUGUGGUGCACGAGUUGGAGCGUCAUGAGCUCCUGGUGCUGCUGGAUGCUCACGUGAUGCAGCUUGGCAGCAGUAUAUCGGAUUUGUGGUACAAUGACAGUGAAGACUGUUCACAGAAGAUGGUCGAGAAGGUCUGGGCGACAUUGGCAACGAGAUAUGCGGGACAAUGGAACGUGCUGGGAGCAGACUUGAACAAUGAGCCACAUGGGGACGCGACGUGGGGCUCAAACGAUGUUACGACCGACUGGAGACUUGCAGCAAUGAAAUUAGCUGGCAAAGUCUUGACAGCAUGUCCUCACUGGAUCAUUUUUGUGCAGGGUGUACAGACGACCAGUUGUGACUCGGGAUACGAGAUGCCGUGUUUCUGGGGAGAGAACUUCCAGGCUGCAGUGGUGCACCCUCUACAUCUCAGUGUAGCAAAACGUCUCGUGUAUUGUCCCCAUACCUACGGUCCGGCAGUGUCGUGGCAACCGUAUUUUAACGCCGACGACUUUCCCGAAAAUAUGCCGUCGGUGUGGGAUUGCCACUUUGGAUACUUGAAGCAGCAGUCGGAUGUACCGCUGGUGAUUGGGGAAUGGUGA